AUGUUAUUAUUUGUGAUUCAAAUUUUUGCAAUUAAUAAUUCCUGUUAUAAUUUAACUGAUAAUUGUAGAUGUCAAUAUGCUCAUGGUGAAGAAGAAAGAAGGCCAGUAUCUAGGCAUCCCAAAUAUAAAACGGAAUACUGUCAACCUUUUCAUCAAGUUGGCUAUUGCCCAUAUGGACCAAGAUGUAAUUUCAUUCAUAACGAAGAGCAGCCACAACUUUCAUUGCAAACUCGUCGUAACCAAAUUAAUUGUAAUGGAAACAAUAAAAUAAAUGGUAAUAGCAGUAACAGUGAUAGUAAUAAUGGUACAACAAAAACAACAGCAAUAGCAGCAGCAACAACAACAACAACUACUACUACAAUAAUAACAACAGCUACAACAAUAACAACAACAACAACAACAGCAACUACAACAACAUUAACAUGUGGUAUUUGGCAACCAUAUUGUAAUUCAACAGGCGAUUCUCCAGCACCAAGUUCUGCUGGUUCCAGUACUGAUAGUUCGAUUGGUUCUGCUAGUCCAAGUUUAGAUUUUGAUGAAAAUACUGGCUCUAUUGUUAUAACCAAUGGUUGGAACAGUUUUGGUACAAAAUUCAACAAUAAUGCAAGUUUUAUGCUUCAUUUAGCAUUUUAA